AUGGUUGGCAUCGCCAUUGCGAUCUGCUCCAGAAUUCUCGCGUCAGACUUUCGCGCGACCCUGCCGACCGUUCCGCUGAGAGUGUCGGUACUAGGUUUGAAAGGCCGCGAGGGUAGGAGGAGAGUGGCCGGGGCGGCAGCAAUGGAGGUGGAAAAGAAGGAAGGGGGAGGCAUUACUGGAGCGGCAGCAGAGGCAGCAGAUGCGGCAGGGGGCGCAGCAGGGGGCGCAGCAGAUGCGGCAGGGGGCGCAGCAGCGGGCGCAGCAGGGGGCGCAGCAGGGGGCGCAGCAGGGGGCGCAGCAGGAAGCGCAGCAGGGGGCGCAGCAGGCGGCGCAGCAGGGGGCGCAGCAAGGGGCGCAGCAGGGGGCGCAGAAGGGGGCGGAGCAGGAGCCGCAGCAGCAGCAGCCACGGCGGCAACAGCUGCAAGGGCCGGAAAACCAACAGCAGAAACCGGAAAAGGAGCAGGAGAGUAA